UCACGUGGACGUUCCUUCGUGAUGAGUCUAACAGAGAGUGAUGCAUUCGAAAUUCUUGAACUGAGUCCAGAUGCUAGCAAAGAAGAUAUUCGCAGUGCAUACAAGCGUCUGGCAUUAUUGUGGCAUCCAGACAAGCACAACGAAGACAGAGAAAUUGCCACUAAGAAAUUUCAGGAAAUCUCAGCAGCAUACAAACGCCUAACACAACCAGAGUCGGCGGGUAUUGAAGUGCGUGAGAUGAGCAUGGAGGAGAUGUUUGAAUUAUUCUCUCAGAUAUUCUGCCGACAAGUUCCCCGUACAUUCUUUGCUCGACCUAAUCCAAGGAGACGAGGCCCGUAUUAUGGUUAUGGCUUUGAUUCUGAGGACGAUGACGAAGACGACGACGAUGAUGCGUCUGAUGAUGGUGAAGACACGAUACCCGCAUCAUUUGUCGGAUACAUGGAUUACAAAAAGAAAAAACGUCAGCAGAGGGAAGCAAAAUAUGGUCAUAAACCAGUUGGGCCUGUUUCUCAGAAACAGAUUGACGACGCAGAGAAAUUGGCUAGUGAACUCCUGAUGCAAGAGGAGAAUGAAAAGCAGAAGGCGGAGAAGAAAAAGGCAAAAAACAGGAAAAAGAAAGAAGCCAUGAGGAAAAGAAAGAAAGAGAAAGCAGAUCAGGAAAAAGGCACGAAAGGGAGUGAUGUCAAGGUGGUCGAGAAGCAGGCGAGUGUAGAGUUGACAGGAGAGUUAGUGAAUGGUGAAAAGGGCAGUGACGACAGUGGAGCUGAUGAGAUUUCAGUGUGGGAUACAAUGAGUGCAUUUGUGGAUCGUGUAGCACAAAAGACAGGUGUCCAUACCAACAUACCAGACACCGAUGUGACAGCACACGUCGAAAUGCCCAAACCAAGAGAACACGUUCCAGUAGGUGUGAAGCCCGCUCAGCCAAAGCAAGAUGUGGCAUCGUCAACACCAGCAGCAGGUUUGUCUCCUGAGAAUGAGAGUGUUACACCAAUUGUUUUGAAGAGCCAGCAGGUUGCAAGUCGAGGGAAUGACCUCGCACAGCUGGGUCAUUUUAAUGCUGCCGUUGAUCUUUUCACGGAAGCUAUUCGAUUGUAUAAAGAUGAUCACCGAUAUUAUGCCAAUCGUUCUUACUGCUAUGAUCACUUAGAAUUAUAUAGUAAAGCCCUCAAGGAUGCAGCAACUUGCAUUACAUUGUCACCCAACUGGCCAAAGGGAUACUUCAGGAAGGGACGUGCUCUAGUUGGUUUGAAGCAAUUCUCAGACGCAGAAACGACAUUCGAACAAGUGUUAAUCUUAGACAAGCAAUGUGUGGAUGCAGAGAAUGAACUGGAGAAUAUCAGAAUACAACAGUUGGUUGACAUGGGAUUCAGUAAGAAACAGAGCGAAGUCGCAAUCAAGAAACAUGGCCAAGUGCAAGUGGCACUUGAAUCUAUUCUAUCCGGUCAACUGGAUGAGGAUUAUUCCAACGACAGUUCACCACAGACCAACGGAAGCAGCCUGAAUGCACAGACAGCACAACCGUGUACCGUCUGGAUCGGAAACCUCAAUACCAAUAAAGUCACUAAUGAUGAGGUAUCCAGAGUGUUUUCACAAUGUGGAAUUGUUCUAGGCGUUCGGAUUUUGUCCGAGCGUCGUUGUGCAUUUGUUACAUUUGAAACUCCAGAAAUGGCUGCUAUUGCAAUCAGGAAUCUCAAUGGCUAUUUCUUGGGAGGCAAGAGGCUAGUUCUACGAUACCCUGACAAUCCCAAUCGACGUCAUGUAUUGGAAAAAAGGCAACAGUGAGGAUGGGUGGAUUGGAUGCUCAAGAUAUGUAGGUCACAUGACUUUACAUAUAUACACUCUGUGAUUAAUAAUUAAAU